UGUUUGAUGCAAUAUUCUGUAGAAAGGCGCAUUGCUUAUCUGAACAAUUUACUAGAUUCUAAGGCAUACUGUAAAAAAAAGUUAGCUCUAAAGGUUGAUUUUGAAACGGUAAUUGGGAAAAAAAUUUUCGAAGCAACUCCAGAAGAUUUAAGAUUAUUUCUUAUUAGAAAAGACAAAGUGGGUAGGACUCGAGUUCAUGAUUUAACUUGUCCGUUUCUUGGUAUUGCAAGUGCAAAUUCAUGUUUUUGUCCAGUGCGUUUGGCAGCAGGGACAGUCUCUUCUUUCAUCGCACAAUUUAAGGCAAUGUUUAAUGAGAUAGGUAGGGUUGAACCUUGGGAUAGUACAAGACAUUUGGAAAGGUGUAAUCCAGCAGAUAGUGUUCUCUUAAGGAGGUAUGUGGAUGCAGUAAAAUUAGAACAAGCAAUGUCUCAUGUGUCUUCAAAACAGGCCAAACCUAUAUUUCUUAAUAAGCUGGAGAAAUUGAGUUUGUAUUUAAAUAAUCAGUUGUUAAGAACAGAUCUUAGUGUGGGAAAUAGAUAUGUUUGUUUGCGAGAUCAAGCCUUCUUUAAGGUUUUGUUCUAUUCUGGUGAUCGUGCUAAUGAUUUGGCAUUGUGUUUAUCUCAGGAGGUAAAGAAGCUUUCAGAUGAGAAGGGUUAUUUGUUAAGCCAUACUAUUGGGAAAACCCUAGGUAAUGGUCAUGUAAAUGAAUUUGUGCUACCUAAGGUUCAAAAUCAGGUCAUUUGUCCUGUGGAAGGUUUGAGGAAAUAUAUAGAAGGAUCAAGGGAGAUGGGUGUUGAUUUGAGGACAGGCUACUUGUUUCGGUCAUUGGAUUCAUCAAGGACUUUAGCUCUAGACAAUCGUGUAACGACUUCAGCAAUGUCUGAUAGAUUGAAAAAAUAUCUUAUUUCUUUGGAUAUUUACGAAGGGGAAACGACACAUAGUUUUAGGGCAGGUUGUGGUAUUACCCUGAUGACAAAUAACACAACCUCUUCAGAAGAAAUUAUGGAACAUGUUGGUUGGCGAAGUCGACAAUCAUUUAACAGAUAUUCUAGGAUCAAUAGGAUAGUGGGGACAACUGGGGUGGCUGACAUGUUAGCAAAGGUAUCAGUUCUGAAAGAUGGGGACGUUAAUGUUAUUUAUGACAAAUUUGGGGACUAUUCUAGACUUCCACAAGCUUUCCAGUUUGAUUAGAGGGUUGGGAGGAAAGUCAUUUAUAUUGAAAAUAAUGAUUAUUGGGAUCCCAGUGUAUUACUGUGGUGUACUUUGCAUUGUAUGUACUGAU